UAGCUGCCAGCCCUGGCCCAUCAUGUAGCUGCAGCACAGCCUUCCCUACCAUUGCAAUUGGAAAAAAAUCACUUUCCAAUCUGUUUUGCAAGGUGUGCAUUUCCACUUUUAUUUUCUGAAAGAUCAUCUGCUGCAUCGAUCAAGAAAAACUUCACUUGCAUGAAGACUGCGCGUCUGCAGCUUGAAUCUUUAUUGCAAAACUAGCUACAGAAGAGAGGCAAGGCAAAGUCUUUUGUGCUCCCCUCCCCCAUCAAAGGAAAGGGGAAAAUGUCUCAGCCAAAAGGCAGGAAGCGGAACCCUGGGCUGAAGAUUCCAAAAGAAGCAUUUGAACAACCUCCGACCACUUCGGCGCCUCCUCGGGAUUUAGAUUCCAAGGCUUGCAUCUCAAUUGGAGAUAAGAAUUUUGAAGUGAAAGCUGAUGACCUGGAGCCUAUAGCAGAACUAGGACGAGGUGCAUAUGGGGUGGUGGAGAAGAUGCGACAUAUGCCUAGUGGGCAGAUCAUGGCGGUGAAGCGAAUCCGAGCAACUGUGAAUAGCCAGGAACAGAAGAGGCUACUGAUGGACCUGGAUAUCUCCAUGAGGACAGUGGAUUGCCCUUUCACAGUCACCUUUUAUGGUGCACUCUUCCGGGAGGGUGAUGUGUGGAUCUGUAUGGAACUCAUGGAUACCUCACUGGACAAGUUCUACAAGCAAGUCAUUGAUAAGGGCCUAACGAUCCCAGAGGACAUCUUAGGGAAAAUUGCAGUUUCUAUUGUAAAAGCCCUAGAACAUUUACAUAGUAAACUUUCUGUCAUUCAUCGAGAUGUCAAGCCAUCUAAUGUGUUAAUCAAUACACUGGGCCAAGUGAAGAUGUGUGAUUUUGGUAUUAGUGGUUACCUUGUGGACUCUGUGGCCAAAACUAUGGAUGCAGGAUGCAAACCCUACAUGGCUCCUGAAAGAAUAAACCCAGAACUAAACCAGAAGGGGUACAAUGUGAAAUCUGACAUUUGGAGCCUGGGCAUCACAAUGAUCGAACUGGCAAUCCUUCGGUUCCCCUAUGAUUCCUGGGGGACACCAUUUCAGCAGCUCAAACAGGUGGUGGAAGAACCAUCACCUCAACUACCAGCAGACAAGUUCUCAGCAGAGUUUGUUGACUUUACCUCACAGUGCUUGAAGAAGAAUUCCAAAGAACGGCCAACAUACGCAGAACUUAUGCAACAUCAGUUUUUCACUCUGCAUGAAUCCAAAGCAACAGAUGCAGCAUCUUUCGUAAAACUGAUUCUUGGAGACUAAAAACCAUUGGACUCAAUCACUUGGCCCUCCUGUGGAUUGGUGGGUUUAGGGGGUGGAGCUUCUUCACUAAAGCAUCAAUAGAAACGUGGCAUUGAGAUGCUUAUUUUUUUAACCCUGCCUCUCAGAAGGUUGUUUGUUUAUUUUUUUGUUUAUUUUUUUUCCCAAAGGGGCCUUGGAAUCCAUAGUGUAUAGAAUGAACUAUCUAGUCAGAUGAAAUAUAAUAAGGCUCAGACUUUACAACUUUGAAAAGGUGAUUAAAUAUUUAAUGAUAUGUCACAAGACUCCUUAACCUUCUCAGCCUUUUCCUGUUCCUCUCCAAGGAGAAUACAUUUGUCUGGGUUAAUAGGUGCUAUGGUAGUUAUGAAGUCCUACGUAGAUUUAUAUUUUGUUCCUCCUAUUAUUUUAAUAUUUAUGUUUAAACGCUUGAUUUGAAUAGAUUCUGUUUUAUGUGAGGGAGACCUUGUGAAAGAGGAGGCUGAGAUGUCAAUAUUUAUAGGGCUUUGUAGGGGAAAGGGUUAAAUAACUUUUGGGCUCUAAAAGGAACAAUUUAAAAUGCAUCUUUAAGAACUUCAAUAACAAUUUUUUCUUCUCAAGAGCCUAUUCCAACCGCUGCUGCUGCUGCUGCCAUCUUCCCAAACACCUUAUCCAAUACUGGGUAUUCAUUAACUAUUCUGUGUGAUGUGGUAAAGUAUCCCAGUCAUACUUUGUCCUACUUUGGAAGAAGUAAAAUCACUUUAUCAUGGUUCAAAGUGGAGACACAGCUUGCUUCUCAUGGCAUUUAUGACACUUUUAACUUGAUUGUGAUAUAUACCUACCCCCCCUACA